GGCACCUGUUGGAAGAAACUUUUGCACAGUGCAGGACCUGUACCUGAACAGCUCCAGGAGAGAUCAGCAGCGCCCCAGAGCCAGGCUCCGUUCUGCAAGCAUACACAAGUACAGCCACUAUUAUGGGAAAUACACAGUCUGUUCAAAAAGAAUCUGAGGAGCAAGAUCCUGUUAGUGGAAUAACAUAUUCACAGAUUUCCUCUGAACCUCCUGAAAGCCUUAAAAAUGGACCUGUCACCAUCCAACCGGUACAGACAGAGUUUUCUGCAAAUAAUAACACAGUGGAUGCAAGAGUGAGUGUUGGCCUGGAUAAUGCAGCUGUUUCUUCCCAGAAGACAAUGGAGAUAAGCUCCAUCUCUGAGGCCAGUGGAAAUAAUCUCGGGAAAGAAGCCAAACCUAUUCCACCAGCUGCCAAAUCUCGUUUUUCCUUUGCAUUUUCACGGCCUGUACCAGGACGUACUGAAGCGCAGGCAACAAAUUCACCCGUUGGAUCAGCUCAACUUGAUGUCAGCUCAGAGGCAGCUCAAACAAACAAAGCAUCGAGUGAAAACGGGGGGCUUUCGGUUGCAGCUGCAGCAGAGAAAGCUUCUGAUAAAAACCUAAGCGAAGCAUCUCUCAGUGAAAUUGAACUCUCGGCACCAGCUAAAGAGGAGGAUGCCCCUUUACCCAAGCCCAAACAGGUAACCUUUUUGGACAGACUCUUUAAAGUGGAAAAAGGAAGAGACAAGAGCAAAGUACAGGAACAAAGUCAAGAGGAGGUGACUGAAAACAAGCCAGGUGUAGGCAUCUCCUCAGAAGAAACUGCAGGAUUACAAAGCACGUCAGAUCAUGAACCACAAGGAAAGGAUUUAAUAGAUGAGUGCGACCAAACCGCUCUGCAGCAGGAUACAGCAGCUGCCAAUUGUUUGGCCUCUGAGGAUCUUGCCCAAGAAGAGAUAAAAAAAGAGAACAUUAACACAACAACCAGGACAGACAAUAACAUCAUGAGCUUCUUCAAAACACUGGUUUCACCAAGCAAAGCAGAUUCCAAAUGUGAUACUGAGGACAAGGGAUCUCAAACAGGCCAUGGUGGGCAGCUUGCUGAGAAGACGGCGAUUGAUUCCCUUGUCAAAAGCACCAAGAAAAAGAAGCCAGACAGCCCCCGAUUAAGACAUAGUACAUUUAGCAAACUGUUUAGACAUAAGGCAAAAAAAGAUGCUCAACAGACAGCAAAUGCCAAGAAUACUGAGCUGCCUGUCACUAUUGUCCCGGUUACAAAACCAGAAACAAAUGUACCUCCACCUCAGGAGAGUCCAGCAGUGAAGCAAAGUGUGAAAGCCCCAGAAGCUCCAGUACAACAACCAGCACCAGCAGCUGUGGUUGUCACCAAUGAAGCUCCUAAGGAGAUGACAAAGGAGAGAUCUUCUUCUACUCCCACACCCCUAAGUAAAUUCUUUUGGAAAAAGACUCCUACAGAUGACAUAGAGGUGAUAAACACUGAAAGAAUUGAAGCAUCUCCAGAGGUCCCAGCAAAAGAUGAAAGUAGGAGCCAGGAAGUUGCAGAAACCAAGUCUAAAGGAGAAGAGAAACCUACCAGAACAAAUCUGAGAAAAUUCUUUAAACUGACACUGGACUUCACAGACAGACCUUUGACCCAGGCUGAGAACCGAGACCCUGCAGGCAAAGGGAGCCGCAAGAAUUCAACAGAGAACCUGAACAAGCAGCAAGAGAUCCCCCAGGAAACCAAGGAUCUGCUGGAGUCCAGAUCACAAGACGCAGCCGAGAUAGACUCCCUCCAGAAUGGAGGGGAGGCAGCACAACAAAGCCCCCUCAAGCGUAUGGAGAAGCGACAGCCCUUUGGAGGGUUUCUCAAGGGCCUUAGCCCCAAACGGAUGUCAGAUGCCGGGGUACAAACAGAUCCUGUGUCUAUUGUGUCUGUCGUGAAACCCAAAUAAUUAAUAACCUGAAGUCACUGAAGAAUCACUGGAGCACCGUUACUUUUCCUCCUUGCAGGACAAAAAAAGAAAAAAAGAAAUGAUUGGUAUUGUUCAUCCCUCCCUUUCUCCCUCCCUUCUUUCAUGGCUGUAGCAAACUAAGUCUUGUGCCUAAGGACUAAUGUAUAGAUCCAAGGUCAUCCCAAGCAAGGUGUGUUGUUGGCUGUGUGUGUGUGCCUGUUUCCACUAUCACCAUCCACUGCUUCUCCCACUGAACUGCCUCGCCUGCCCUCCCUGAACAACAGCAGUUCAGUCUGUUGAACCACCAUGUCCAUCUCCUCAUUACCACCAGACCUCCCAAGGGAUGACCAGGAGGCAGAUCUAUCACUGCUCCAGUGUUUUCACUGGUCAUGUACCCAAAAAGGCAGCAUCCAAUUGGUUUAGUUGCCUGACAUUCCUAUUUCUAACACAUAGCAAUAACAUGGAGGGGUGGGGCUGCAGCCUGGGCUAGAGAUCCAAAUUUAACACCACCACCAUCUCUCACAUCCCUGAAUGCAUCUGCUGUGCUAAUACAUGCUUUGAGAGACUACCUUUUACAGAACAUGUUCUCUUAAAAGCUAGCAAAUAACAAAAGCUUACAGAGAAAGACACAAUUGGGAGACAGUAAGAUUUAAAAGGAGUUCAGCAUCCAGGACA